AGCAGCAGAAUGAGCGGAAGAGGAAAGACCGGUGGUAAGGCUAAAGCUAAACCUAAAACUCGUUCAUCCAGAGCCGGACUCCAGUUUCCCGUGGGCCGUGUCCACAGGCUCCUGCGGAAAGGCAACUAUGCCGAGCGUGUCGGCGCCGGCGCUCCAGUUUAUCUGGCCGCCGUGCUGGAGUACCUGACUGCUGAGAUCCUGGAGUUGGCCGGUAACGCCGCUCGUGACAACAAGAAGACUCGCAUCAUUCCCCGCCACUUACAGCUCGCUGUGCGCAACGACGAGGAGCUGAACAAACUGCUCGGCGGAGUGACCAUCGCUCAGGGUGGUGUGCUGCCGAACAUUCAGGCGGUGCUUUUGCCCAAAAAGACCGAGAAGGCCGUCAAGACUAAAUAAACUCACCCACUGCUGCGUUCGUCAGUCCCCAAAGGCUCUUUUAAGAGCCACCCAUCUAUGCUCAAAAAGUGCAAUUUUUUUUAAUCCUUUCCCAGGUUUUGUGGUAUUUCAUAGCUCUAGCACAAAAGGAAUUCAUAAACAAUAUAAUCAAGUGGUAUUAAUUAUGAUGCAUUUUAUU